UUGAUCUACGGUGAGUGAGUUUGUCUCCCGCGAUUUAAUUUGGCCAAAAUAAUCCUGCAGCGAGUUCUAAGGAGAAGCAGCGAGCUGGGUAUGUGUUUACACAACGCUGCUUCUUCGAUUAUGGGUUUGGCAAGGGAAUACGCACAGAGGCACGAAAUAAAUCAGGCUGAUUCUUUCUUGCAACGUUAGAGGCGACGUGGACGUGCUACUCUCCGUGUGCUUGGCAAAGUGGGGUUCUACCCAACAGCCGAGAAGGAACCUCGGACUGACGCAGCGCAACGGGCAGCAUGGUCGAUAGACAAGCGCUUGACUCCCUACCACGCCGGAGAAUCCGCAAAGCGAGCCUGCAAUGAUUGCUUACGUCUCGCACCAGUCCCGAUUCCAUUGCAAGCGGAGAUUCGCAUUUCCAAACAGCGGGCAUGAUGUCGCGAGAAGGUCCCAACCGGUCGCCAGCACGCUGUGCUGAACAGCCAUGUAAGAGGUCGGGGAAGCGAGAGCGAGAUCCCCGGGCAGCGUUACUUUUGGCGUGAAGAUGGUGAAUCCUCCCCUUGUGUCUCAGACACUGGCAAGUGUACGGAAGAUCAGCGAGCGAAACGGCGAGGAGGAUGGGCGGUGUGGGCCGCCGUUUGCCACCUCUCUGAAUAAUGUCAUCGAGGGUCGGUGCUCCCCAGGAGUCCAAUGAGAUCUCCCCACAGCCCUCGGUCAGGGAAGCGAUCCGAAACCGCAUGAAAAUGGUCAUCGAUCAGUUGGAAGUUAUCCUUGCGGAGCUGAAAGCGGUGGCAAAGGAGCUGAAGGAGGUAGUGAAACAGAUUGACAAGCUGACAUCUGAUUUUGAUUUUGAGUUGGAGCCAGAUGACUGGACAAUUGCCACAGUAAGCAGCACCUCCAGCAGUGACACGACCAGGAACCAUGAGCGAUGUGGGGCUUUGUCUGACUACGGGCAGCUGGGCUUCCUCACACCAGACAUCCUUUCGGACAGCUGGGAGUUUUGCUCAUUUCUGGAGCCGCCACCGGAGGCACCCAAGGGUGACCCAGGAGGGGAUGACAAGGAACUCCCGGCCACCCCGUCAGAACCGGACUACAGGUUGAUGAAUGGAGGGUUAAUCCCGAACGGUCCAGCAGGUUGUGGUCCUGACUCAUCCAGCGAGGAGACUAUCAGUGGUGCCCCCUGUCACAAGUCGCUCUCGAGGAGCUCUGGCACCAGGGAGAGAGUACGCUUCAGCGACAAGGUCCUCUAUCACGCCCUCUGCUGCGAUGACGAGGAGGGGGAGGAACAGCAAAAGGACACAGCCACCUCGAGCACUGCCACCACCACAGGUGAAGGUGUUGACAGGGUGGGCAGAGAGACCCUCAAAACGCCAUCCUCCGUCCCCAACCCGCGCCAGCACAGCCACCCGCCCCCAGUAACAGCCAAAAGCAAUCCCUCGACUCGGAAAAAAAUCAUGAGGAAUAACAGCACACAGACGGUGUCCCACAAAAGCACUCAGACGCUCCUGUCAUAUGGGCCCUCUAAAACGCAACCGGACUCAAAGAAAGGAAAUACAAAGUAGCCACCGCCCAACCCCUCCCCCUUACCCCACUACAAAAAAGAAACUGCUUGACUACCUACUGGCAUCACGAGGCUCAGGGAUUUUCGAUAAAAUAAAAAUGUUUUACAACAAAAAAAGGUAGAUUCCAAGAUUUUGCACCAUUGACUCAUUGCAUAAAGAAAAUGCACUUUAAGGAUCUACUUUUUUAAGCUUUAUUUUACUUGAUACCUUCAAGAUUUAGGAGGCUUUUAUUUUUGUCUUAAAUCGCAGUAUUUAAUCUUGCUUGAGUACUGUGCUUGUAAAUAGAGCGUGCUUCCAAGCAAGCCUUUCCUGUCUCUGUGCUCUGCUUUUUUUCUCUGGCAAUGUCCUACGGUUGAUAAGGUCUUCAUUAGAUUUUCUUUUAAAUUCCAAUGCAGUUCAAUCUGUCCCAGUUUUAAUUGGUUCGUUUUUUUUUCAACGUUCCCACUUGUUAAUGUCUUUUAAAUUCGGAGUGUAUGGCACUACGUGCAACAUUAACACUUUUCAUAUUAUCUCAUAACGUUGGGAAUCAGGUGGAGGUUAAGAGGAAUUGAGAAAAUUAAUGCAACCUUAAAAUGAAUUACGCAAUUUUUUUUCAAAUUUUAAAAAAUUAAAAUGUGCAUAAAUGUUUCCAAAAUAUUCAGUAGGACCGUCUAAGUUUAUUUUAAGUGUGCACUUGGGGAUUAUCCUAACCACUACAAAAAAUGAUAAUUUGUAUUGUUAUGGUUUUACAUAUUUGAUAAAGAAAAGAAGAGUGGUUUGCAGAAAGAUGUUUUGUUCAUCCAAGUUUUUUUUUAUUUUGAAAGGCACUGUGAAGCAAUAUGCUUGGGAAAAAUGUUUACAUGUCUUCAUUUGUAAGUGAUAUUGUAUUUUUUUUGGUUAACACAAAACAUUGACUCAUUUGAUGCAAUAAAUUAGUGUCUACUUUAUCUAAUACAUGUUGAGUUUCCAAGGUUAAUUUAGGGAAAAGCACAGAUAAAUAUAUAAAAUGUAAUUCACCCAAAAGUGCAAGAAUAUGAUGAAUGUAUGAGUGAGUAAAUAAACUG